AUGGAUGUCGGAGUGACCCCGAGACGACACAACCCAGUGGACAGCAUCUGCCGCAAGCUGCAGACCAUUCAGAGGCGAGACCAAGAAGUUAACUCGCCCUUUCAGAUUCCUAAAUUCCAGACAAACAGCUACGACAGCCCUCACUCAGGCCUACGCUUCAACCUGGAGGCCAUCCUGAAGAAGCGUACUGUCCGGCCUGACGACUCAGACUCUGCGUCCUCUGCGGGGAUGCUGACCCCCACAGCUUCCCCUGGACCGGGGUCUUCCUGCAACACCCCUCGUGCUCCCAUUACUCCAGUCAAUGCCACCUAUAGCAUCACCAGCACACUGGGGACAUUAGGCACAAUAGGAGACAGGAGAACAUCAGGAACCUACAGCAGGCCAUUUCGGCGCAACUGCUCCACUCCGUCGGCCCAGACUGGGGACAAUUACUUUAACUUUACCCCACGCUACUCCACACAGUCCCAGGGACCUGACACAGAUGUAAGGACCUCAAAGAUUCCAACUCCUGGGUUGUUCUCAUACAACUUGAACUUCUCCUCUGAUAUUUCUAACAUGGACAGUGAACUCGCCUACCCAGCACUCGUGGUCAAAAGACUUUCACUGGGCGAGGGAUCUCUGUUUCCCUCCGAGCCCAAAAAGGAGAGCAUGGCUGAGGUCAGUCUGAUCUGCGAGGAAGAUCUGUUGGACACAAUUUUUCAGGCCUGUGACACACAGUGCAGAGGUAAAGUUUACGUAUCGCAUAUUGUGGACUUUUUAAGACACACCACCUGCCGAAGUUCAGAGGACAGCGGCCUGGAAGAGCUCUGCAAUAUGCUGGACCCAGAGCGCAAGGACAUCUCCAUAGACCUGGACACGUAUCAUGCCAUUAUGAAGGAGUGGAUUGAAGACUGUCGGAAUCAGGGUAAGGACUUAAAGAAUGACACUCAACAGGAAUCAUUCAAACUACGAGACAGUUUAUCAGCAAAGAGAUCUGCUCUACUAAAUAUGACCUCAGGUAGCCUAGAAGCAUUCGGGGGGGAAGCCUCCAGAGCUGACCUGGAGACAUCAGAUCUGGUCUUCUGUGUCGCCGAUCUGCAGCUAAAUAACCAAAAGCUGCAGGAAGAGGUUCGCAAAUUAAAGCAGGCAGUGGAAAACAUGGAAGACACCAACCAGAAACUCAUCGAGGAAAACGAAGAGCUCAAAACACAAGCUAAAAUGGGGCAGCAAUUAUUGCAGAAGGAGAAGAUGCUUAAAGAAGAAGUUGAGGAGAUGAAGCUGAGUCUCACAUCUUCAGAAGAAAGCAGAGCUCAGGCCUCAGCGCAAAGAAAGCAGAUGGAACGGGAAAACCAAAGUCUCAUAUCCAAGAUUGCUGCUCUACAAGAGGAGAACAUGAAAGUCACACUGGAGGCAGAAGAACUUCAGAAAAGGAUGAAUGACCUUUGUGACCUUAAUGCUGAUCUUCAGGUUCAAAUUCAUUCAUUUGAUGCCAUUCUGGCUGACAAGGAGUCAUUAAUUCAGGAGAAAAAUAAACAGAUGGAUGAAUUAAAGGUGGCCAUUGUGGAGUAUUCAUCAGUUACAGAGCUGCUGAGAGCGGACAAGAACAAACUGGAGAGUCAAAUGCAGAUGAUGCAGCCUGAUGUGACAAUCCCGGGUCUCUCUCUCUCUGUGGCCUACAGACUGAAUCAGACGAGUUCAGGCUCUCUUCAGACUGAGCUGGCUCUGGCACAGAAUCCCCUGGAGGGUUUGGAGCAUCUGUCCACUUCUGUCUGUUUUGCAUCAUCUCUGGAUGAGACUCUAGAUCGUGAGGUUCUUCUACUUCUUCAAGGCCCUACCCCAGAGCAGCUGUCUCUGGAGUUCAAAUCUCUGAUCAGCAGAUUGAAAAGGGAAUUUAAAGAAGAUGGCCUGACCUUUCUCACAGCAAUCAGGAGCCUUACAGAGAACAGUGACUCUCAGGAGGCCAACACUGACCUCAAGAUGCAGGGUCUGGAGGUGCAGCUUGAACAGAGGAGGACUGACUGGACCCGCAGUCUGGAGCAGUUGGACCAGUACAGGGACUCUCUGGAGAGAGAACUUCUGAAGAUGGCUAGCAACAUGCGACGUUCUCGGACAGAGAUUCUGCACCUGUCUGUAAAGGUACAAGAGCAGGAGAAUCAGAAGCAGCAGUUGCGAGAGGAAGUCGAUCGUCUGAAGGCUCCGCUGGACAACAGAGAGGCCAGCAGCCAAACACCGGAUCACCUACAGCAGGUUGUGGAAGAGCUAGACGGUCCCUCACUUGAAUGGGAUGAGGAAUAUGUGUUGUCCGAGUCUCCUCCUCUACAAGAGCUUGGACCUGACCGGGAGAUGCUUGAGGAGCUCUGUUGUGAUGAAGAGGAACUUCAGGCCUUGAAACAGGAGGAGGAAGAACCAACAGAGACUGUGAGUGACAAGGAGAAGAUCAAUGCAAAGUCUGAAGGAGAAGGUGAAGCUACACAUGAUUCUGGAGUGGAAACCGAGGAGCCACAAAGAGAUUUCACCCUCUCUCACAUGAGUCUACCAGAUAAAAAAUCUGAAAGAGAACCAAAUGAAGCUCCAUUUGUAGGUGAGGGAGGAGAGCAGAGGCCUUGCAUUUCUUUAAAGGAGAAAGACAGACUCCCAGAAUGCACUGGGCCUGAGGACGCCCACGAGCAGGCUGCUCCUCUGCCUCACACCCACAGUCAGUGUGCUGGUGACCAGCCUUUGACCUAUGACAACCUCGAGGUCACCUCAGUCAAAGACCACGUUUUAUCUAGUGAACCUUCCACCCCUAUGACCUAUGAGUUGGUAUCUCCCUCCACAGGCCAUCCUGAAGUUGGUGAUUCCUUUACAGGAAGGACCGAGCAGCUUGUGGGCACAAACAGAGGACUCGAGGAAGAGCGUUUGACCACCGGAGCUGACAUGAGUGACUUGCAGAGACUGGGCGAGGGACAGCUUUCUAAAGUUUCUGCAAAAUCGGACAAGAGUCUCUUGUUGCCUGUAGCAGAGGAAGAAGAGGCCAUGCCAGAGGCAGUGGAGGUGACGUCAGCUGGGGUGAACUCACCAGACAAAGACAAGACAGGCAGUAAAAAGACAGUGGUCACAUCUGAUUCAAACUCGACAGGAUCAGCUGACUCGCUGAAGGAUCCUUCUGAAAAAGUGAAAGACAUGAUCUUUGACCCUGCUGCCAGAGAGGAUAACAUUCCAACAGUUCCUGCUACACAAAGCCCCAAAAAAGACCCCCUGGCCUCGAGGAACAAGCUCAAAAAGGAAAUGAGCAGCAUGGAAGUCAUCGAGGAACAAAAAGCGCAGGAGGACGGUGAGCCUACGGUGGUCACAGAAAAAGAAGGUGACACAUCUGUCAGCUCUGAAAAUGCCAGCGAUUCCACCAAGGAUGACAAGAACAGCCUGUCGCCAAGUGACAAAGAGAUUGAGGCGGAGUUCCACCGGUUAUCUCUGGGCUUCAAAUGUGACAUGUUUACCCUGGAGAAGAGGCUACGCCUGGAGGAACGCUCACGGGACCUGGCUGAGGAGAACGUCCGCAAGGAAGUGAACAGCUGUAAAGGUCUACUGCAGGCUCUUAUCCCACGAUGUGAGGAGGAUAACCAGUCUAUGGAGAUCAUCCAUCGUGUGCAGAAGAACCUGGAGAUCCUCGUCCAGUCCAUGACCAGAGUGUCCAGCCGUUCAGAGAUGCUCGGGGCCAUUCAUCAGGAGACCAGAGUGGGCAAAACGGUGGAGGUGAUGAUUCAGCAUGUGGAGAACUUGAGGAGGAUGUACACCAAGGAGCAUGCAGAGCUGCUGGAGCUCCGGGAGAACCUCACGCCGAAUGAGAGGUCCUUUGGGUCUCACAGUGAGAGGGAUGAUUUUAGAAACAAGAAACAGACAACAUCAAACAUUUUUAAAACCACUAGCCGACGUAUUAGUAUAGCCACCAUUCCCCGCAGUAUUGGAGGACAGACCCAUUUUGAUAUGUCCAAAGACAUGGCAGAGACUGAGGUGGAGAGACUCUCUCGAAGGUCACCAUGGAACAUGGCAGCCAAGAGGCCACCGCUAAAGCGCUUUGUUAGCUCUGGUACUUGGGCCGACAUUGAUGAGCCCACUCUGAUGAAUAGUCCCACCCCCAGCCCAACCGAUCACGCUCCACCCAGCCUGAUGGAGGGGAGGCCUGCAGUGUCCAGAGGUGCCAGGGGGAUUUGGAUUUGGGUGGCCUUAUUUGUAGUUCUAGCUGUUCUACUGGCUCUGCUGGCAAGUCUGAUGUUACAGCCUGCAGUAGAUGCAGCACCUGUGGGCACCGGGGACUCCUGGAUGACCAUCCAGCAGCUUCUGUGGCCCUAUACUGGGCUGAGGCACAACGGCCAGCCCCCUGUGUGACACCAGGGGGUCGGUAAGGCUACAGUAGCCAGUAUUGAGAAAAACUCCUCUGGCUGCAAGAGCUGUAAUGCAACACUGCUGCCUGUUCUUCUAACAGAAACUCUUUGUGACCAUUUCUUGCUGAAGGUAAAGAGAAAUGUGGGCGUCUCGAGAAAGAUUUGCUGAAAACUACAGACUGCUUGGAUGCUGUGUAUACAAACCGCUGUGUUGGCCACGUAUGUUAGAGACAUUAUAUGACACACGGUGGACUGCAAAAAUGUGUCAGGUGCCUGAAAAGGCUGCCGUUUUUAAAACCUUUGAAAUAGAUCAGUGUAUUUUUAUGGGUUGUUUGAAAGAGUAUUGAGACUAUUGAGAGAUUUUUAAAAAAAUAUUUUUUUGCUUUUUUGUUAAUUUAUUGUUUUACAGUUUUAUGCAGUAGAUUUUUUUCUGAUUAUCAUUAAUUGUUACGAACACUUUUUUUAAUCCUCAUGAAAUUGUUGGUUUGAUGUUCACUGUUAAAAGUUCAUACAUGUCUGUAUGUUCCAAAGAGGGGGGAGAGAAAUUUUGCACAAUAAAGAAACUGAUCCAAAUCAUCUCACUUUUACACUGCAGGAAAACAAGCUAAAUGAAUCAUGACCCAUGAGCAGUAUUGUGCAAGUUACUGCAAAAAUGUAAUUAAUUACUAAUUACAUUAAUAAAAUAGCAUUUAAUUACUUCUCUAA